AUGGUUACGCAGCAGAAGCAGCAGAAGCAGCAGAAGCAGCAGAAGCAGCAGCAGAAGCAGGAGAAGCAGGAGAAGCAGGACAGCAUGUGUCUCCCAUGUUUCCCAUGGACAUGGGUCAAGUACGAUGACCCGCUGGAUUCAUUGGCUUCUCUGCCUGAGCAGUCAACGUGGGUGUACGACGGGCAGUCAUGGACUCUGAAGCGUCAGGUGCCAGGUGCCGAGCAGUUGGCUACCAAGUAUCUGAGCAAGAAGAAAUCCAACGGCACCAACGCCACUGGGAAGGACAGCGUCGGUCAAUGCUCAGCUUCCAAGGACUCUUCAUCUGGCGAUAGCAAAGCGGGCUAUAGCACGAGCACAGCCGGGCAGGAUAUAUCGUCCGACGAGGCCACCAAGAAUACCCAGCCGGAUGGCUUUCCCGCCCUUCGCCUGCCACAAGACAAACAGCAACAGCAGCAACCGCCUCAGACAUCGGGACAAGAACGAGGCCCGGGAGGUUUCCGGCACACAUCCACCAACCCGAGCCUGAGCGUGGGAAACCAGGGCUUCGGCCAGCCUCCAUUUGGCGGUAUUCCCGCCAUCUGGCACGCACCUGACGGACAGCUGCCCGCCGGUCCCACCUGGGGUGUUUUCCAUCCGGCUGCUGCUUUUGUAAACCCGCCCAGCUAUUAUUUGUACUCGACCCCCUCCAACACCACCAUGGAUGCCGACUUCCAGAACGCUGGUCCCCAGGGCCAGGGCCUCAACUUCCAGCCUCCUGUUCCUGAUACCUCGAUGGGACCUAUGAACCAUGUCUACACUCCACGAUCCGAUGUCGGGCCUGCGCCUCCCCAGCAUUCCUGUGGUCCUUUUGGCUUUGUUAAAAUGCCCGAUGGCAACGGACUCCAGAACCAGCAAGCCUAUUUUCCCCACCCCCAACAAAUAUUUAUGCAGUACCCCUACAUGGUCAACGGCCAGCCUGCCAUACCCCCCUGGGCGCAGCAGCAGCCGGGGACGGCGCCAGCGACCCAGGCGACGAUGCCUCCUUUCCCUCUCAACGCCGCCGGUCUCGCGCCAGACAUUGCCGGCAUAGGCCGCACAGCGAGCGAGGAGCAGACCCGCCAGGCCAACUUUGCCCAGGCCAACAGCAUGUUCGAGGCGCAGGAUUUCAAGCCUUCUGACGACGAUCCUUCCCGCUUCUACUUUGUUCGCGAGCUCGACGGAAACUGGACCCAGAGGAACCGCUUCACCAUUGACCACCUGGGCGAUUGUCGGUGGUACCUCACGGACGGCGGUUGGUUCUAUGCAGUUCGUCUCCCUAACUAA